AUGAUGAAGAUGAACACGGUCACGAUGGAUGAGUACGGAGCUCCGUGCUUCCCUCACGAGACCCUUCUCACCCCUCCCGAGUCCCCCGAGCUCAAGCCUCCCGAGGUCCCCGAAGUCGAAGGGGCUGCUUCCGGCAACACCACCAGCAUUCCCAUCCGCAAGAGCAGAAGUCCCUCCUCCAAGAGAUGGAAUGGCGACGGCAAGGGAAUCCAGGUCGAUAUCGGUGCCCGCCUGCGCGAGUACCUCGACUGCCUCAACAACCGCAAAUUCGAUGUCAUCGGCAACCACCUGGCCGACACUCUGAUGCGCAACAACCGCAGCCAGACACGCGAAGAGCACGUCGAACGUCUUCGAUCGCGCGUCGAGGGCCUCGCGAGCUUCAAGAUCAAAAUCGACACCCUCCUCGUCGACAAGAAGGCCCAGGCCGUGGCCGUGCGAUACAUCAACCGCGUCACACUCGCCGACGCAAUGAUGGAUGUCGAUCCCGUCGGCACGACAUACGAAUUCGACGAGCAGUGUUUCGUGUGGUUCGACGACAGGGGCAAGAUCUCGCGCAUGCUUACGCUGCAGGAUAACGACGGCAUUCGCCUGCAGACACCCGAGGCCGCGACCACGCCACGCUUCUUCAUGCGGAGUCUUCCGGCGGAACCCAUUGAUUUGGCGGCAACCUAUCGCAAGUACGUCGCCAGCAUCAAUCGGCGCAGCAUGGUCAGGGAGUUCCCUCGCUACUGCAAGAAGGAGCUGCGACACAACAACCGCGUUCUCUCGGUGCAGGACUACGCGCGCAGCAUGCAGUACAGCCAAGAAGCGAUUUCGGGACUGUGGUUUAACAUCCAGGAAUUGCUCGUCGACGAGGAGACGCAGCAGGUUGCUGUGAGGCUGCAGAUCUCGGGGACGCCGGUGCAGGAGUUUGCGGACGCGAAGCCGAACGGGAAGAGUGUCAAGUUUCACCAGCACUGUAUGUAUCGCUACGACAAGGGCAAGAUUGCCCUCGUAUGGGCGACGAUGGAGCUUGAUUCGUACCGCAGACAGUUGCAGGAGAAGCCUGGUGACAGGAGAACGUCGUCUAUGUUGGGCAUCAACUGA